UACAUAAUCUAUAUAUGAAUCUUAAAACAUGCAAAACUCUGCCAUUUCUGUCUAUUACUACUACUACUAUUCUGCUACUAACAUCAAACUCCAACUACGUUCGAUCACACACACACAUUGUUGGUGACUUCGACAUAAUACCGUUUAAUACAUAAUAACAACUUGAAUUUCAAAUCAAUUUGAUACGUCAACCCAAUGGGGUGUAAUAAAAUCGAAAAUCGAACACCAUGCAACACCAAAUAAAUGACCUCUAACUUCAAUAUGAAAUUCAAUGGUGAUGAUGAUCUGUGAUGUGGAAUAAAAACAACACAAACACGCAAUUCGUGUUAAACAAAUGGCAAAAAAUAAUAAAAAUGUUUUACAUGUGUGUGUGUGCGCGCGUUACUUUCGUGGCGGCGGAUGGAUGGUGCUGACCCGUGCUCACAAAAAAAAAAAAAAAAAAAAAAAACAAAAUACAACAUUUUUUUCCUGCAUGCCACCACACACAUUUACCAUGGCAACGAUACUCCUUGGCUGACUGGCCGACCCGACCGGCCGUCCGUCAAUGUCUAUGAUAUAUUACACAAAAUACAGUAAAUGAUGUCGAAGAUUCAACAGAAUUUGAAUAUGAAACAGCGAUUUACUACGGUGAUUCAACGGUUAAUGUGGGUGAACGUUUUUCAAUUACAUGCAUUAUACCCAUAACAGAUCCAAUAAACUGGUUAAAGGAUGGCGAAGCCAUUAAAGUACACAAUUUACGACACGGUCAUGAUGAACAUUCAUAUGUCUUAAGCGAAAGUGCUAUUGAGGGUGAAAAGCACAAAAUUGAAGCUCACAUCACAGUUCGUCAUGCCCUUAAGGUACACGAGGGCAAAUAUCAGUGCAACCAUUUACACGCCAGCUAUCACAUGCUGCAAGUACGCAAUCCAGAACCGGAUAAACCCGAAACGUUAUCACCAUUUCUAAUACAACAACAUCACAUGGGUGGUAGUCGCAAUCGGAACGAGGAGUAUCAGCGAUAUUUUCCCACAGAAUCGGGUUAUGUAACAAUACACGAUCUAACGCCAAGUCAAUCGAAUGAAGAUGACUUAUUUACACGCACCUGGGAGCCAACCGAACCAGAAACACCGCCACAAAUUCUAGCACUGCCAACGAAAAAACCAAUUACAACGACAACCAGUGGACAACAGCAGCAGCAGCACCAUCACAGUCACCAUCAUCCGCAUGAGCAUGAUCACGAUGGUCAUUUGCCACAUAUCCAACAGAUGGAACAUGAUUUGAAGCACAAGUUAUUUCUGAUAAAUACAACAAAUUUUGAUGGUAGCCCCGUGGCAUCGAUGGACACACGCUAUCACAACAAGACAAAAACAUAUGAGUUGAAUCCGCCACCCACACCGCCACACCAUACAACCGAAUCGUGGAGACCUACAGGCAUUUAUUAUGCUGCUACACCACCUAGCUUCCCGCCACCGCGUACCACACCCGCUCCCGUUACAGCAGCUCCACCACCACCGCCAAUGCCCGGCCUAUUUCCCUACUAUCCACCCUAUUAUAUGCCGGGAUAUCAACACAAAACCCAUGAUGGUUAUCACAUUGCACCAGGUUCGCCAGCUGGAGGAAUACCCCAGGCACCGCCACAAUAUCAUAUUCCUCCGAAUUAUUACUACCCGCAUCCACAUCAAUUCUAUAAUCCAAUGGUGACGUUUCCCUCACAUGCACCGGGUGUCAUGAGUAUGCCAGCGGGCGGUGGUGGCGCUGGCGGCCAACAACAGAUUCAACAUCCACCAAUUACCUAUUAUCCGCAUCCAUUUCAACAUUAUCCUCAAAUGCCACCAAAUCAACAGUAUAUGCCAAUGCCGGUGGAUAGAAGUGUUGCUGGGGCAGCUGCUGCCACAUCGGCACCUAUUUUUGCACCAGGAGCAGUAACCGCAGCAGCAGCGGCUGGCGGUCAACGUCAGCAACAGCAGCAACUACAACAACCUGUACUGAUUUUACCAGGCGUGGUAACUCAAACAAUGGCUCCCAGCAAUAUUUCACUUAUCUAUCCUCCUCCUCCAGUCAAUAUGGGUGAGAUUCAUAACUUUGGCUUUUAUUGCUAAAAAACAAAUACAAAUCCCAAACAAAAAAAUCAAAUCAUCAUUUUUAUCAAAUUAUUUGAUUUUUUCAUUCGAUUCCAAAGUGUUCCUCCUAAAUUUGAAACUACAUGUUUUUUUUUGGUUUUCCACCACCACCACCACUACCAACAACUCAUCAUACGCAUCUGUUACGUAUGUUGUGCAUUUUUUAAAAACAAUAAUAAUAAUAGCUAAUUUUAGCAAAUAGCUAUGAAAUAUCGUUCUUUGCUCUUUCUAGUCAUCUCGUCAUAGUUUGUUAUUCCCUUUGACAAAACAAAACAAAAAAAAAAAAAAACGAAAAUACAACCCUGCCAAACGUCACGCAUUGUCAUCCAUAUGUUAAAUACUAUUGUUGUUGUUUUAUUAUUUUUCUAUGGAUUUCUGGUUUAAUUAUCUUCUUUUGCUCUCUUCUCGCUCACUAGUAUGUAUACAUAGUAUCCACCAUCAAUCAGUCAGUCCAAUCGUCAUUCAUCAUUGAAUUUAUCAUGCAAUCAUCUUUCAUGCUGUGUGUGUGUGCUGCUAGUUGCUAAUAUGUUUGUUCGUUCGUUAUUGUUCGUUAAAUGUUCGUUUUAACGACUUUUUUAUGAUUAAAAUAAACGAAAAAAAAAAAUACAA